UCAUGUGACUCUUCCCAUCGGUUGGGAUUUCUCUCUCGGCAUGGCGGAGAUGAUGGAGCUCGGUCUGCUGCUGUCUAAUACCAUUUGCUAUUCUAUGUGAGGAGGACACGGGCAUUUUUGUUGUCGGUAAACCUUUCUGCGCCGUUCUUUCCCCCCGAGUUGUGGCCAUAAUGGCGGAGCGCGGUGUGGAUGUGUCUGCUCUCCCCCAAGAGGUCCGGGAGCAGCUCGCUGAGCUGGACCUGGAGCUGUCGGAGGGUGACAUCACACAAAAAGGAUACGAGAAGAAGAGGGCCAAAGUUUUAGCACCCUACUUAACACAAAUACAAAACUUGGCUCCGCCUCCGGCAUAUGAUGCACAGUCCCCUGGUCCAAGCUCCGCCUCCGCACCUGAACCUGAACCUGAACCCGGCCCGUCAAACUCAUCCUCUUCACGCCACCGGCGCACACGGCGGCCACACCGAAGCAGCGGAACUCGAGAUGAACGCUACAGAUCAGAUAUCCACACCGAGGCAGUUCAGGCAGCGUUGGCCAAGCAUAAAGAGGAAAAGAUGGCGCUGCCCAUGCCAACCAAACGUCGGUCCGCAUAUGUACAGUCACCAAUUGACAACUGCACCCCACCAGACUCCUCCUCUUCCUCUGACGAUGAGGCCGUGUCAAGUGAAAGUGCAGGGCCUCAGCAGUCUCCGGACACCUGGAUUAAUAGCUCUCUGCAUGGCUCCUCCACCUCCUCCUCUGCCUCCUCCACUCUCUCACAUGGGGAGUCUCGGCCCACCCAGGCCCCUCAGCCUCAGUCUCAGCAGGUCCCACCUCCACCCGCACCUAUCCACCCACCCCACUCCCACUCCCAGCCCUCAGCCCUGGCCGAGGCCCUCGCUCAGACACGCAUCGAUCCAGGAGGAGGAGUCGGGCCUCCUGAUGUGCCGUCCCAAGCUCAGGCCAGAGGCUCUCGUGUGGAUCUGCCUCCCAACGCCGCGGUGCGAGGCAUGAGUCGAGGACAGAGCCGGUCCAGCAUGAUGGAGACAGCAGACGUGAGAAGAAUAGGCCGAGGUGUUCCGGUGUCCAGUCGUGUGUCCACAAAGAUCCAGCAGCUGCUAAACACGCUAAAACGACCAAAACGCCCGCCACUCAGUGAGUUCUUCAUGGAUGACCAAGAGGAGAUCGUGGAAGUUCCUCAGGCAGAUCCUAACACCCCUAGGCCUGAAGGCCGGCAGAUAAUCCCAGUGAAGGGGGAACCGUUGGGUGUGGUCAGUAACUGGCCUCCUGCUCUUCAGGCAGCAUUAACUCGAUGGGGUGCCACUCAGGGCAAAAGCCCAGCCCUCACAGCUCUGGAUAUCACAGGAAAACCACUCUAUACACUUACGUAUGGGAAACUGUGGAGUCGAAGUGUAAAGCUGGCCUACACUCUCCUCAACAAGCUGGGGGCCAAAAAUGAGCAGAUCCUCAAACCAGGAGACCGGGUGGCGCUGGUGUAUCCUAACAGUGACCCUGGUAUGUUCUGGGUCGCAUUUUAUGGCUGUUUGUUGGCAGAAGUCAUUCCUGUGCCCAUAGAGGUUCCACUAUCCCGAAAGGAUGCGGGUAGCAGCCAAGUAGGUUUUUUGUUGGGUAGCUGUGGGGUGGGUCUGGCUUUGACAAGUGAGAUCUGUUUGAAGGGUUUACCCAAGACCCCCACUGGAGAAAUAUUACAGUUUAAAGGCUGGCCCAGGUUAAAGUGGGUGGUGACAGACUCCAAAUACCUCACGAAGCCUUCGAAAGACUGGCAGCCUCAUAUCCCAACAGCCAACACAGACACGGCAUACAUCGAGUAUAAGGCCAGUAAGGAGGGCACAGUGAUGGGUGUUGCGGUUUCAAAAGUUGCCAUGCUAACACAUUGCCAGUCACUCACUCAGGCCUGUAACUACUGUGAGGGUGAGACACUGGUGAAUGUUUUGGACUUUAAGAAGGACAUGGGUUUGUGGCAUGGAGUUCUCACGAGUGUGAUGAACCGAAUCCACACCAUCAGUGUUCCAUAUGCAGUAAUGAAGGCCUGUCCACUGUCCUGGGUUCAGAGAGUUCACAUACACAAAGCACGUAUUGCCUUGGUGAAGUGUCGUGACCUGCAUUGGGCGAUGAUGGCUCACCGAGAUCAGAGAGACACCAGUCUGGCCUCCUUGCGCAUGCUAAUUGUUGCUGAUGGAGCCAAUCCUUGGUCAGUUUCAUCUUGUGAUGCAUUUUUGAACGUAUUCCAGGCUUAUGGUUUGAAACCAGAGGUCAUCUGCCCGUGUGCUACAUCACCCGAGGCCAUGACGGUUGCCAUUCGCAGGCCUGGUGUCCCCGGUGCACCUCUUCCAGCGAGAGCCAUCCUGUCCAUGACUGGGCUGAGUCAUGGGGUCAUCAGGGUCAACACUGAAGACAAGAACUCUGCUCUCACCGUCCAGGAUGUGGGACAUGUCAUGCCUGGAGCAUUGAUGUGCAUUGUGAAACCGGAUGGGCCACCCAUGCUGUGUAAGACCGAUGAGAUCGGGGAGAUCGUUGUGAACUCUCGUGCUGGUGGAACCAUGUAUUACGGCCUGUCUGGAGUCACUAAAAACACCUUUGAGGUGAUCCCAGUCAAUGCUAGUGGUGCUCCUAUUGGUGAAAUCCCAUUUGUGCGGUCGGGAUUGCUGGGUUUUGUUGGACCGGGUAGUCUGAUAUUUGUUGUGGGUAAGAAUGAGGGCUUGCUAAUGGUUAGUGGUCGUCGUCACAAUGCUGACGAUCUAGUAGCGACAGCACUAGCGGUGGAACCAGUCAAAACUGUGUACAGAGGCAGAAUUGCUGUGUUCUCAGUGACUGUGUUCUUUGAUGAGAGGAUAGUAAUCGUAGCUGAGCAAAGGCCUGAUGCCAGUGAAGAAGACAGCUUCCAGUGGAUGAGUCGAGUUCUGCAGGCAAUUGACAGUAUUCAUCAGGUUGGAUUAUAUUGUCUUGCACUGGUUCCUGCCAACACCCUGCCCAAAACUCCCCUGGGGGGCAUUCACAUCUCAGACACCAAGCAACUCUUCCUGGAGGGGGCGCUGCACCCCUGCAACAUCCUCAUGUGCCCCCACACCUGCGUUACCAACAUGCCCAAACCACGUCAAAAACAACCAGUCGGUGUCGGCCCUGCAUCCAUCAUGGUGGGUAAUUUGGUUGCUGGGAAAAGAAUUGCGCAGGCUGCAGGCAGAGAUCUGGGACUCAUAGAAGACCAAGACUUGGUCAGGAAGCUGUGUAUGUGGCCUACAAUGAUGCAUCAGUUCCUUACAGAGGCUUUACAGUGGAGAGCACAAACAGAUCCUGACCAUACACUUUAUGUACUUUUAAAUGCCAAGGGAGUGGCAGUCUGUACAGCUACAUGUGUUCAGCUUCAUAAAAGAGCAGAGAAGAUUGCGGCUGCUCUCAUUGAGAGAAGUGGUAUUAACAUUGGAGAGAAUGUGGUGCUUUUGUAUCCACCAGGUAUAGAUCUGAUCGCAGCAUUUUAUGGCUGUUUGUACGCUGGUUGUAUUCCUGUCACCGUGAGGCCUCCACACCCACAGAACCUCUCGGCCACUCUGCCCACUGUCCGCAUGAUUAUCGAUGUCAGCAAGGCUGCUUGCAUUCUCACUACUCAGGUUUUAACAAAGAUUCUCAGAUCUAAAGAAGCAGCAGCUACAGUCAACAUAAAAACAUGGCCCAUCAUAAUAGACACAGAUGACUUGCCUCGCAAACGACCUCCCACAGUCUACAAACCGCCCAAUGCUGAGAUGAUCGCCUAUCUGGACUUCAGUGUCUCAACCACAGGCAUGCUGACAGGAGUGAAGAUCUCUCACGCGGCGGUGAGCGCUCUGUGCCGCUCAAUAAAGCUGCAGUGUGAGCUGUACUCCUCUCGCCAGAUCGCCAUCUGCCUCGACCCCUACUGUGGACUUGGUUUUGUGCUUUGGUGCCUUGCGAGUGUAUACUCAGGUCAUCAGUCUAUCUUGAUACCUCCCAUGGAGCUGGAGAGCUCACUGUCCCUGUGGCUGGGCACGCUCAGUCAGUACCGUAUCAGAGACACCUUCUGCUCCUAUUCUGUCAUGGAGCUUUGCACCAAGGGCCUGGGCGGACAGACGGAGAUGCUGAAGGCACGUGGUGUGAACCUGUCGUGUGUGAGGAGCUGUGUGGUGAUUGCUGAGGAGCGUCCGCGCUUGGCUCUCACACACUCCUUCUCCAAACUGUUCAAAGACCUUGGACUCUCCAUGCGGGCUGUCAGCACUGCUUUUGGGUCGAGAGUUAACCUGGCCAUCUGCCUACAGGUAGAUUACCUGAAGUUCGAACUUCACAAGUUGAUUUUUCUCUGCAAUACGUGUGCAGCUGAUCUGUAUGUGUGUGUGGGUUUGUGUUUUUCACAGGGUACAACUGGACCAGACCCCUCAACUGUGUAUGUGGACAUGAAGUCCCUCCGACAUGACCGGGUGAGGUUAGUAGAGCGAGGAGCGCCACAGUCUAUUCCUCUCAUGGAGUCUGGAACAAUUCUUCCCGGUGUGAGGGUGAUCAUAGUAAAUCCAGAAACUAGAGGACCGCUAGGGGACUCUCAUCUAGGAGAGAUUUGGGUGAACAGUCCCCACAAUGCAACAGGAUACUACACCAUAUACGGAGAGGAAAACCUGCAGGCUGACCACUUCAACACUAAACUGAGCUUUGGAGAUCCUCAAACACUCUGGGCCAAAACUGGAUACCUGGGAUUUGUCAAGAGAACAGAACUCACAGACUCCAGUGGAGAUCGCCAUGACGCCCUGUUUGUGGUGGGCUCUCUGGAUGAGACUUUAGAACUGAGAGGUUUGCGAUAUCAUCCAAUUGACAUCGAGACCAGCGUAUCACGUGCCCAUCGCAGCAUCGGUGAAAGUGCUGUGUUCACCUGGACAAAUCUGCUGGUGGUGGUGGCUGAACUCUGUGGAUCAGAGCAGGACGCUUUAGACCUGGUCCCGCUGGUAACCAAUGUAGUAUUAGAGGAGCACCAUCUGAUUGUGGGUGUGGUGGUUAUUGUUGACCCAGGGGUCAUUCCUAUAAACUCCAGAGGAGAAAAGCAGCGAAUGCACUUGAGAGACUCCUUCCUGGCAGAUCAGUUGGACCCCAUAUACGUAGCGUACAACAUGUGAGCUGGGAUAUGGGAGAGCCAAAGGCCUGCCAGAGCGGUGCUACGGAGCCUGGCCUCAGAACAGAAAGACUUGGCCCUGUUUUUUUCAGUGUCAUUUUCCAAAAUACAAAUGUGUGAGAUGAAGUUUUGGAGAAGGGAUGCUAUAAUAGAAGUUCCCUUUUAGUUCAAUUCCUUCUCCCCCAGAACCCCACUCUCUCUCACACAAUGCCACAUAACGUCUGUCCAAUUUUUGGUCAUGAUUUAAAUGUACUUGAAUUACAUAGCUCUUUUUUCUACUCAAACACUCUCCUAUUCUAGGACUGGCUGGCGUGUACUUUUUAUUUAUUUAUUAAAAUGAGCUUAAAGCCUCAGUUUGUAAGUUUUCACCUGGGUUGUUCAAUUUCAGAGUUCGAUUUCCAAAGUUUUGGAAUCAGUUGAAUCGAUUCCAGGAGUCAAUUACUCAGACUACAUGUUAAGUAAAAAAGGGAGACAAAGUGAAAUCUUAAAAUAAACAGUGCAAUAUAAACUAUAAUGAUUCAUUAAAAGGAAUGAUAGGAAUACAACAAAAGAUCAGUCAAGUAAUCAAGUAGGUUUAGCAAUAUAAAUUCUGUAUUUUGAAUUAGUGUUGUUAAGACUCUUUUUGGGUUGUUUAGUAGUGUGGUAAUCGAGGUAAUGAACACAGACUUAACAGACUAGGACAUCACAACCCUGAAUCCCAAAAGUUAAAAUUGUGUAUAUUUAUUUAUAUACAGGACUGCAACCUAGUGUAUCUAUGGUGCUGUGUGUUACAGGGCUCUAAAAUGUAAUAUAUAUUGGACAGCAUUGGGUAAUAGGAGUCUUUUGUCAUUCAUUAGAUGCUUGUGUCCAAAAUCAGCUUACAUUAGACUUAAUACAGAGACAGUCCCUCAAGAGCAACCUGGGGUUAAGUGCCUUUCUUAAUAAGGGCAGUAUUGAUGAUAGGACAUUUCUGUAACGCUACAGUUCAUAGAGUGCCCUUACCCAGGUUAAAACCCACUCCUUCAUCCACCAUUAUUUUUGUUAACACACAUGUAUCCCUGAGACUGCAGUUGUUAGCUUAUUUAGCUCUGACAGCAAACCAUUUAGUAUACUAAAUCUUACCACUGGGGCUUUAACAGUUUAUUUCAGAUAUGCAGCUAUUCAGGUUUUAAUUCUACAAUAUUUACAAAGUACAAUAUACAGUUUUACUUCUACUCGAAAAAAAAAAAAACAGCCUGCAAUGUAAUUUGUUUUUAAAAAUGUUUUCGCCAUUUUUUUUUACCCAUAUUCAGCAGGUUGUUGUUUAGGAUUGUCCACAAACAUUAUUUUAAUAAUUAUUUUUUUUUUGUGAACUGAAUUGAGAUUUGUGUUCUAAACCAUGGGCUAUUUAAAUGCUAUCUGGCAAAAAUUUGUUCAAUGAAUCACUCAAAGUGAAAUUUUCAUUCCCUCAGCCCCCUCAAGUUCAGCAUGAGGAUAAUCAUCCUUAUUGUUUUUCAUUAUCCUUUAUGCACUUUAUUAGAUAAAUGCAGAUAUAUUCUGUAAUAUGGACUAUUUAUUUCUUUCAAUAAGGGCAUAUGUGUGGUUUUUAAUAUAUAAUUACUUGCAUUAUUGAGUAGCAAAUGAAAGUGCAGGCACAUAAAAACAACUUUUUUGGGGACUAAAUGCCCAGUCUAACCUCAAUACCUGCAUUUACAAAUUGUUCUCAGUUUACUUCUCCACAUACAUGUAUAACAGUAAGAAGCACACAUACUGUAUACACUUAGUAUGGAUUCCUUCAAAAACAUUCAACUGCAAACCUCAUCACACACCAAGCCCAAACCAAACACAAACUGAGAUAUGUAUAGCUCUAUUUUUGCUCUCAUUUAAAGGUGCUUAUACACAUCAGGAUUAGACAUUUAAACCUCUUAAUGGCAAAAAAGAGAGAAAAAAAAAUUCAGGCGUCUGUACAAUAAAAUAAAACAACUGUAAAAUAACACGACUCUGUACAAGCAAACCCUUAACUGUACAAUUGCAUAGAUUUUACAUGUUUGGCAAAGGAUUUUCUGUACUAUAACCAUUUUUACAAGAAAUGACUAUCUUCUUGAAAACCAUAAAUAACUGUAAAUAAUUGCUUGUGUACAGAUGAGAAAUUCUACUGUACUGUAAGUUAGUUGCUGUAUUCUGUCUUUUUUUUUUUUGGAUUCAUAUAAAUAUUAACUACUGUCACUGAUAUCCCUUCGUAGCUGAGCGGGGGGUCUGAAGUUGAAGACUGGUUGUAAAUAGCUUGCUCUGUUUCUGUUUGUUCUUUUCUGUUUGAUCAGAAAUGUGAUGGGUUGAAGUCUGCACUCAGAUUUGUCUGUCAUGCAUUUCUAUUUAGAAUUCAGAAAUCUUACGGUAUGUACAAGUUUUAAUGACGUAAGCAUGAUAAAGUCGAGCACUGUGGGGGCUUGAAAGAGUCCUUACACGAACUGAUCACUACAGUAUGUUAGCCUAACCUCGUUCUGUACGAUGGGGUUGAGUAUGUCUGCGUAUCAUUGGUCAUUGGUUGGUUGCUGAGUUCCACAAUACCCAUUCCCAAAUUAGAGACACUGUCAUGAAGUUUAUUAUUUCAUUCUCACUGUUGUGAAGGGCAUCAGAGCUGAGUUUAUGUGACGAAAGCACAAGCGAGUGAAUUAGCUUUUUACAUGGGGCAUUCAGGGAAAUAGUGCUUUCCAGGAUGGAGAGGAUAUUCAUUUAUAAAUAUUCACUUUCAUGUUUGCAAUGAUUUUUGUUCUUUUAAAUAAAAAGAAUUUAUUUGUCAUUUGCGUUAACCACGUCUUAAUAUAUACAAAAACAAAACAGAAAAUAAGACAUAAUCGGUUCAGUUUAUUGAUAAUCUGACAUGCCAACCAAAAGAAAUGUUUCACACACUACUGAACCAGCUGCAGUUACAUUUUAAAGUAUGCAUACACACACUAUACAAGAAAAAAACAAAAAACAAAUUAGCUUGCAUUGUAUGGAAUAAAAUAGGAAUAUGAAAAUGUGUUUAGGCAAUACAUAUUACUCUAUUGUGUUAAAAACAUUCUGUUCUGUUAAUUUCUCCUAAUGUUAACAAGAAGAAUGUGAAAUUUCACAUUCAUGGAAAUAAAUGAAAGUCAUGAUUAUGCAAGCAAGCAUUUCCCUGUUGGUUCACAUCUUUCUUUUUUGUACGUUGGUUACUGUAACUGUUUUUUACUCCAAUGAAAAACACAAAAAAAUUAAUAAAGGCUUUUAUUUUGCA